AUGGCGAAUUACCUCGCGUCCAUCUUCGGUACAGAACAGGACAAGGUCAACUGCUCAUUCUACUACAAAAUCGGUGCCUGCCGACAUGGCGACCGCUGUUCGCGCAAACAUGUCAAACCAUCUUAUUCUCAAACCAUUCUCCUACCAAACCUCUACCAAAAUCCCGCUUACGAUCCGAAGAACAAGAUGAACGCUUCUCAACUACAGAACCACUUCGAUGCAUUUUACGAGGACUUUUGGUGCGAGAUGUGCAAAUACGGAGAGAUUGAGGAGGUUGUUGUUUGCGAUAAUAAUAACGAUCAUCUCAUCGGGAACGUCUAUGCGCGAUUCAAAUACGAAGACUCUGCACAGCAAGCCUGCGAUGCGCUCAAUUCGCGGUGGUACGCCGCUCGACCUAUAUACUGCGAGCUGUCGCCAGUAACAGACUUUCGAGAAGCCUGCUGUCGGCUGAAUAGUGGAGAGGGGUGCGUCAGGGGCGGAUUCUGCAACUUCAUACAUAGGAAGGAACCGAGUCCGGAGUUAGACCGAGAGCUGGAGUUAGCUACUAAGAAAUGGUUGAAGGAGAGGGGCAGGGAUGAGAGGAGUAUGAGCAAGAGUCCUACACCAGAGCCCACGAGAAAGCGAUAUUAG